AGACACGUCAUUUGUCAUAAAUUCUUAACGAAGUUGUGUUAAAAAUUUCAUCAUGUCUGAUUGCAGUGUGUGCCGGGACUUUAUCGCCAACGCGAGUGAUGGAAUUAAAUGCGAUAAAUGCGGAAAAGGCAUCCACGUUACGUGCGCCAAACUGUCCAGGAACGAGAUUGUUUGUUUGAGGCAAACCGAGAGGAAGGUCCAAUUCCAUUGCGACGGAUGCAGGACUGGUGAUUUGGAAGAGGCCAGACUGUUGGGUCUUAUCAACACUUUGGAAGAUGAAAUCAGACACAUAAAACGAAAGCACACAUGCGGUCCUAAGAAAAUUAGAACUGAGAAAUGUUGCAGGCACCGCCAUCAAACUUGUUCCAGCGUAGAACUUGCGGCAGGCGAUAAAUGUGAAGACAAAUCUAGUAAGAAAAAAUAAAUUGCCCAUAAAAGUGUAAACGAAAAAUUGCGUUUAAAUAAAUUACAGUGGUAAAUUAA